AUGCCACCACCACCUCCUGCUCCUCCUCCUCCUCCGCCGCCACCACCACCACCACCACCACCACCAUCCUUCUCGGCACCGCCUAUGGCAGGUGGCGCCGAUCGAAAUGGUCUUCUUGGCGCAAUUGGUACCUUCAACAAGGGUGGCCUGAAAAAAGCAGUAACUAAUGACCGAAGUGCUCCGAUUAUUGGAGGCUCAGCCAACAACAAUAGCAAUGCUAGCAAUAGGACCAAUUCAUCGUCUGCUGCACCAGUUUCAUCUGGAAAUCGAAUGAAUUCAAAUGAAAGACCCAAUGCUGUUCCUGGCUCAUUUAACAUCACUGCGGAUCUGCUCAAUAGACCCCUAAAACAAACUGGCGCUAGUGGUGGAUCAGCAUCUUCAGGUCAAAAAAAUGUAAAAUCACCGAUUCCACAAUUUGCUUCUCCUAGUGGCUCUCCUACAGUACAAUCACAAACUAAACAAGCACCCGUGAAAUCAUUUCAUCCAACAACAACAUCUUCGUCGUCAUCACCGUCUAGUUCCGUACCUCCUCCUCCUCCUCCUCCACCACCACCACCGCCACCACCACAAGCAUUCAUAUUGCAAUCACAACAACCCACUGGUUCAACAUCUCAAUCAACAACACCUUCAUCAGAUGGGUUUCGCAUUGGGAAUGAUCACGGAGCUACAACACGCCAUUUCGUUCAUCAGUGUCCACCAGGUCAAACAAAUCAAGCGCCAAAACUUCCUCCACGACCGCCUCCGCCUCCUCCCCCAACAAUGCCAUCGUCGCCAUUAUCUCAUGACAACAAAGUGAUAAAUGGCCAACAACCAGCAAAAUUUUCACAUUCAACAGGUUCUCCAUCAAAUACCACAUAUACAGCAGUAGCACCAUCAACACCGCCGCCGCCGCCACCACCCCCACCUCCUCCUCCUGUAAAUCCACCAUUCACUUCAGGUAACAAUGGUCACGCAACAUUUGGAACACCUAAUCAAGAAAACGUUUCCAGAUUUAACCCGAUGAUGCAUCAAAAUGUUUCUAAUUCUACGACACCACCUCCACCACCCCCUCCACCUAGAGGUGUGAUAUCAAAUAAUCAGGGAGGUACAAUACGUCGACCACCACCAGCCGUAUCUGACUUCUUAGAUAACACUCUUCCUGAACGUCGUCAUGAUCAGUGGAAUACAGCUGCACUUGAUUAUGAUCGUAAUUUUGAAAAUCGCUUUCGAUUUACUCCAAUUGAACAUCUUCCACCGCCUGGUUUAUGGAAAUCAUUAUCAUCAACGAAAACAUAG